AUGUCCUGGCAGCCAAAGCUUCGGCCCAAGGGCUUCCCACACAGCAUCGAUGACUUUACCGUAGCUUCACUGUCGGAGCUGGAACAUCGCUCGAGGACAGGCGAGGAUAAGCGCGACCAGCGCGUCUUCAGGGUCAAGCGGAAGCAUGUCCUCAAGGCGUGUGAUCGGUGUCGCGUGAAGAAGACAAAGUGUGAUGGGAAGCAACCAUGCAAUCGCUGCUCAGUAUACAAUCAUCCAUGUCUUUUCAGGGAGAGGAAAGCCACGCAGACCAAAGUCUACUCGCGGGGAUUUGUGGAGAUGCUCGAAUCACAUCAUUCCCUUGUCGUCAAGGCAUUGCAGAAGCUCUACAAGUUCUGCGUGAACAACGAAGGUUUUCCUGGGGAGCCUCUCGCAGAAGCCCCGGACGGACACCCAUUGACCCAUGCCAUCCUCGACCGGCUAGGUUUGAUCAAGCAAGCCGAAGAGAAUGCCGACGAGCCAGACGAGGACUCCGAAGACCUGCGGUAUCUUCGGCUUCUCUCCACUUCCACCGAAUGCAGUGCCACGGCAGAGCCAUCUCCUGAACCCGCCACUCCACCGGAACCCUCACCCACUACAAUUUCCCGCUCAUCGAUUUGCAAUUCACUUCCAACCCCAAUGACGAGCCGUAAUAAUUCCGCCUGGCAUUGGGAUAUGCAGUCUGUUCAGCCGGCGAAUUACUACCCCGAUCCGAACUAUCAGGACAUGAUUCCCUUGCAGCGGUCCUCACUUAGUGCUACCGACCUAGGCUCUGGCGAUAUUUCACCACACAUCGAAAUUCCGGCAGGGACCUCUGUACCGCACGGCCCCCAUCCACAUGAACAGCAAUCCUUUGCGUACUUCCUGGAUGGGAGUUGCAAUACUGGCCCGGAUGGGCAGCCGAGCGCCAAGACCACGGCAAGACUACAUACUGGGAUCAUGCCUGAGACACAUACCCACCAGAUGGGCAUUUUGCCCAGUGACAUGUUGGGCGAAUUUCAGUUCCAAGCUCAGGAAACCCCAUAUUACCCUGGUUUCACUCCGGGCUGGACGUUCCCUGCAGCUUAG